AUGACGUAUAAUCUCCACAUCAUGGCCAUGCUAAAGUUCAUUAGUUCGUGUAAAGUACGACAGUGUUCUGAAUGUCAGGAAGACACAGAAUUCUACUGUAACACGUGUAAAUAUGAUUUGUGUGUACAGUGUAAAGAGAGACAUGUUAUUGAUCUAGAUACCAUAUACCAUGAUGUUGUGAUUUACCGUGAAAAAUACGAAAACAUCUUAAAACAAGAGACUUGUGUUAAACAUCAAGACAGAAUCUAUGAAAAGUACUGUCAUUCGUGUGAAAUUCCCGUAUGCGUCCAAUGUAAUGUUCAUAGAAAAAAUAAAAUACUUAGAUUUUGUUUCCAAUAUACAAAUCACACAAAACACAAAAUACUGGACAUUCGAACAGCUUAUAAAACAGGCCGCCAACAACACAGAAGAAUAAUUCACGGCAUCAGAAGUGAGACUCUCUUUAACAGUUGUUUUCUACUCACAGGCAUCAAAACUAAUAUGAAAACUUGCCACACCGAAAUUUCCAACCGUCAUUCAGACACGUCCACAAAUGCCCAGAGAUUAAGGGAUCUCAUUGACAAUGUGAUGUGUGAGAUUAAAAAUAGUUUCAUUCAUACAUUACAAAAACAAAUGAUAAAAAUGAACAGAUACGUUGCUAAUAUUGAGUACUGUGAACACAGAUCUGAACGUUCAGGAAACAGACCAGUUGAAUUUCUCUCUUUCUUUAAGAAAACUCUUGCUCCCAAGAUACAUCACAGUCUUAAUCUUACCCAACACACCCUGGUCCCCCUGACGGAGGAAAUUAACAGACAGGAUUUAAUUAAGUUAUUAACAGAUACUCAUAUCAGAGAAUCUGGUAAAAGACAAGUAAAAAAGGAAAAUCUUCUGAAAGUGAUGACUUCACCCGUCCUACAAAGAUCUGUCACAGUGACAGGUGUGAAUCGUGUGAUACAUAUUUCCUGUCUGAAUUCAGACCAGUUCUGGAUUAGUGAUAGGCAUAACAAUCUUAUCUUGACAAACUCAUCUGGUGAUACACUACAUUAUCUGACAGACAUAAGCAGCUAUAUGUGGAGUUAUGCAGCACACACAGUGAACAUUUCAGGUGAUCUCAUUUAUAUAGACAGGGAUUUUAACAUUAAAAUAAUACAUACAGAUAACAGAACAAAAUUUACUCUGAUAAAGAAAGCAGGACCAUGGAUGCCAGUCUGUGUUUAUUGCUCCACUUCCAAUGGAGAUCUAUUAAUUGGGAUGCAUAAAACAGAUACGUAUACAGCCCGAAUUAACCGAUAUGAUAACACAGGACAAUACAUACACGCUAUAAAAUGCACCGGUGCUGGUCAGGAACUGUAUAGAAGACCUAGGUACAUUACGGAGAACAGCAAUGGAGAUGUUAUUGUGUCCGACUUAGACCGUGUAGUGGUGACAGAAUAUGAAGGUUCACAUCGAUUCUCCUAUACAGGUCCUCCAGCUUGUACUGGACUAGCACCGCAUGGAAUCUGUACAGACGUGUUGUCACACAUCCUGGUUUGUGAUGAUAACACUGAGACAAUACAGAUGAUUGACAAGGACGGUCACUUCCUGUCACUAAUACCAAUUGAUCAACAAGAGAUAGAGAGACCACGGGUCCUGGGUUAUGAUGACAGAACUCAUCUUCUCUGGAUUGGUUCAUGGGACAGCAACAAAUUCUGUGCAUAUAGAUACAUUCAAAGACAGGACCAUCUGACAAGAAAUUAUAAUCAAUACAUAUAA